AUGAGUGGCCGCAAAAUAGCGGCGGCAACAGUUCAAAACCGAACACAAACACCGUUCUGGAAUUAUGUCAAAGGUAAGUGUAUUUUAAAUUUCUAUUGAUUUUAGUAGAAUAUUUUUAUUUCAGAAAAAUUAUUGGCCGCUCAUCGUCAACCAAUUACUCCACCACCGGGUAUUGCUGGUGAAGAUGGCAAAUGUGUUUAUCAAAAUCCAUUGAGAUUCCCAAAAACACAAUCUGCUCGACCAGGAUCAGCUGAACUUCCAACUCUGCCAGGAGGUGUUCAUCAUAAACUUGCUGAUAAUUAUUAUUUGACAAGGUAUUUUUUCCGAAAAGUAACAAGGUUUUACAAAUAAUGGUUUAGAGAUGGAAGAAGAACUGUUGAACCACCAGCGGCUUUGUAUGCUUCUGAUGGACAUGUCAAACAAUACGGAACACAAACCGGGGAAGCUGUUCAGUAAGUCAAACUUCAAAAAAUAUAUUUGACGAAUAAUCUUUCAGAAGAGAACAAGCUAUUCAAGUCAACGCUGGACCAGAAUCAAACUUUGGAUUGGCCGCUCCAACUCCAGGAUUUGGAGCUACUUGGGCUAGAAAUAAGGAAUUUGAAUUGGACUCACAAAAGAACGAUCCAUCUUUCGAAUAUUUCCAACGAUUCGAUAAGUAUGCCAAAAGCAAAUAA